AUGGACACGCCUAGCCCUGCGCCAAAAGCACAGGGAAUCGCUGCCCUGCCGCGCGCUGCCUUGGGGGCUCUGGGGGCCGUUGCACUUCUGACGCUCAUCACCUUGUGGCGCGCGGAGUCGGCCUCCGCGGACUAUGUGGCGUCGCAGUCUCAGCUGAACGCCCGGGUGAUGGUCAUGGAGCAGCAGCUCAAGGGUCUGCAGAAGAGUUCGGUGCUCUCGCAGGAGCAGAAAAGUCUGCUGGUGCGAGCCACCCGGGCGGAGAAGGGCGAAGAGGCUCUGAAAGAGGAACUGGGCCGCGUCUACGCAAACCUCCAGGGGAAGGACUACGUGCCUCCCGAGACGACCGACACCGCGCCAGUGUUGGAACCUGCGGAAGAGGAGGAGCCUCGCCCGGAUGAGCCGGCUCCGAUGGACUACAACUCCUGCUCUCGGGAGGAGCACGAAACGCUCUGCAGGAUCAUCAAGGAGGAUAAGGAUGGAGUGGCGAAGAAGAACCGCGUGUGCGCUAAGUCAGCGCUGUCAUUCACUUUGUCGAUCAAGAAGGCCGACUUCGCCAAGUGCAUGGUGAAGGACGUGACUGGGCUCUCAGAGCACUGCGCCAUGUGCUUUGCAGAUGCGGCGGAGUUCGGCAUCCGGAACUGCAAGUCCUCCUGCUAUUCGCCGGGGGGGAGCUGCGAGAAGUGCAUGCUGCCCCACGCCCCGGCGCACAAGCUGUGCAUGGGCUUCCUGCUGCCGGGCUAUGGGAUCCCCUUUGAUUGCCCCUUGCAGAGUUGA